AUGCCCUCUGUAGACAUCGAACUAGACGACUUCUCCCAUAGUAGGGCGCAGCUCGAAGACACCACAACUCUGGAGCCACUUCCAAACCCAAACUCGCACAAAGACGACGGGGUAGUUUCUAGCUGGGCAUGGACGUCGGCAAUCAUAUUACUGCUUGCGGCAGCUCCUCUCAUACUCUACCCCAAGCUACUUCUAUUCCUCUCGGAAACAGGGCUAGAGCGAAGGGUCUCACUAACCCCCUUGGAGUCUUUCCUGGCGUGGAAUACUGGGAUCGUGCUGAUAGUCCUUGCGGUGGCCCUCGUCUUCAAUAUCCACCCAGGACAUGAGAUCCUGAACCCGAAGAGGUCCGGCCCGCCAGACCAUCCCUUGUUGGAGCCCAUGACAUCCGCGUGCCUGCUCAUCUCCUUCCUCUCAUACAACACAUCUUCGGUCAGUUCUCUAGGCUUCCUCGUGUGCCUGGGUUCCGGUACAAUAGGGCUCUGGGGCCUGUGGGCGAUACUCUUCGCCGGCUCUUCGUACAUCUCGCGCAAGACAGGCGCAGACAAGAGGACGUCUCGUUUCAUCUUCGGAAACAAGGCGGCAGCGUCGUCGAAAAAGAAGGAGUGGAAGAAGGAGCAAGCUAGACGUUCUUGA